AUGUGCCUAAACAAGCACAUUCAAACCAACAUAUUUACAUUGAAACGUGCAGAAAUUUCAGCACGUGUGAUGGUACCUAUACGAUACAUGCAUGCACCAUUCCGAUUUCUCGAUCGUGUCAUGCUCUGCUUGAUAAUACGCCUGAUAAACACGUGCAAUGGCAUGGUUGGCACGACUGAAGGCGUCAAUCUCAUACUUAAUUACUCCGUACAUACCAUUUUUGGGGCUUUCUGCUCUCCAAAUUGUGUAGCAGCGGCGCAGGUGACUAAUUAUUGGAACAUUCCUUAUUUCCCGCUCAACUGCUUCGAUCCUAGUCUUGACGAUUCCUCGGUUUAUACAAACACUAUCCGGUUUUUGGGCUCUCUGACGGCAUUUGGUGCGUCUUUUGUAACAUACUUCAAAAAAUAUCAGUGGGAUAAUGUAGCCGUCAUGAUUGAAAGCGGAACGGAUUUUUGUGAUUCUGGUGUCACUGCAAUACAGUCUCGACUAAGAGAAAAUUCCAUUACGAUUGCUGAAAUCGUGCGGUUGCCGGCCAUUAUCGAUUCGUUCGAGACUUUGUUUUUUACAAAAAUUCAACACUCGGCUAGAGUUGUUAUCCUCUGCCAUUCCAAUAACACGGCCUUGCAGCAGAUCAUGUUCAUGGCGCAAGAUCUUGGAAUGACUGAUCCCAACCAUUAUGUUUGGAUCACUUUUUUCAACAUUUACGCUGCAGCUUCGGCAUCAGCCCUGCCAGGAUUCACAUUCAACAUUCUCCUCUAUCCCUGGUUGUCUGCAAAUGCAACUGCAAUGGAUGAUUACAGGAAACAAGCUUUCCUCUCACUUAAAAUAAUAACCUACAAGAACUCCACCGCCAUUCCGGAUCCAAGAUCUGACGCUAACAACGUGAGGUUCACUCUAGCGCAAUACUUCGGUGACGUAUUUUAUGUCUACCUGUCACUGAGGAAUUUAACAUUGAUGUCUGGCAAAGAUCCCAACAGUGGUUACAAUAUCUUCAAUGCUUCAAAAUCGGCAGAAAUUAAUAUCGAAAACGAGAAAAUAAGAUUCAACGCCAAUGGCGACAGACUGAUGAACUUCUACGUGUGGUCCCUGUCAGCAAACGCAUCAACGUACCGGCCCUACAUGGAGAUCAACCUAACUGAUGGCAACAAUUACUCGGCUGCACUGAGCUUUGGUCAUUUUUCCAAAUCUGGCUCGGCCAAAAUUGUCGUCAUCAUCUUCAACAUUUGGCGUGUGGCAAACACGCACAUCAUAGGAUAUGAAACGUGGGGCACCUACAACAAAGCACCAAAAGACACCCCUGACUGUGGAUUCAGUAAUGAAUUUUGCAAGCCAACGUCAGAUAACACUUCUUUGAUAAUAGCUCUUGCGGCCAUCUUCGUCAUUGUCAUUGCAGUUUCGUCCGGCUUUUAUUUCAUUCGGUGA